AACGGGUUCAGAACCUUUUGAAUGCGACCCAGCCGAUGACAUUCCCGCCAGAGCAAGAGAGAUCUCGCCAAAGCUUCAGAACCUGGCUCGGCCUUCAAGAAGACAGUGAAGCAAACAAACCAGCCAAUGGUGAAACUUUUCAGAAAAAGAGUUUACCAGCAAAUGAUGAAACCUUUUCGAUUUCAACAUGAGCGUACAGCUACCCGACGUUUCCUCGAUCAAACCGAUUUCACAAACCUCUUCAGAACUUGAAUCUCCCAAGGGAAACCUGAGAGAGCAGAAAAGCCAGUGGCAAAGGACAACUUAGAGAAAGACUCGACGCCAAGAAGAGGGGGCCCACUUAGUUUUAAGACCAGGGUGCAUCAGCGCGUGGAGACGAGUUCCAGGACACCGUCGAAUCAAAGGCCAGUGCAGGGCGAAACAACUGGGGCCACCCAACUGCGCAGGAAUCUACUCGGUGAAGAAACUGGAGAAGCCUAGCAGGCUGGUGGAAGAAGACCCAUGGAAAAAUGAAAGCCCCGAGGAUUUGCAGAGCUUCGAAGCACAUGGAAAGAAACUUGUUGAAGCAAUAAACCCAUGCCGGAGAAGCCUUUUGAGAGUUGAGGGUUCCGCUGGAAGUGGAGGCGCGACGGGAGUUUAAGAUGAAGUUUCAGGAGCUCGUUAAAAAUGACCCACCCGUUGUCGAACCUCGAAAAGAGAAGACUCCAGCGAAACCGGUGGUAUAGAAAAGAAAGAGUUCCCACAGCAAAAAGAUGAGGAUCUUCUGAUUUUGACAGCAGUGAGCAAGAUCCCGAAGAAGAACAGCCCCACAGCAGCAGCCAGCCCUCCCAACACAAACUGAACCUCAGGACGUCCAAAAAAAAGCCAAGAAGACAGAUAAACCCAUUCCGGAGAAGCCUUUUGAGAGUUUGAGGAUCCCGCUGGAAGUGGAGGCGCGGCAAGAGUUUAAGAUGAAGGUUCAGCAGCUCGUUAAAAAUGACCCGCCCGUUGUGGAACCUCGAAAAGAGAAGACUCCAGCGAAACCGGUGGUAGAAAAGAAAAGAGUCCCCCACAGCGAAAAGACGAGGACCUUCUUGUAUUUUGACAGCAGUGAGCAGGAGCCCGAAGAAGAACAGCCCACAGCAGCAGCCUAGCCCUCCAACACAAACUGAACCUCAGGACGGUCCCAAAAAAAGCCAAGAAGACAGAUAAACCCGUUCCGGAGAAGCCUUUUGAGAGUUUGAGGAUUCCGCUGGAAGUGGAGGCGCGGCAAGAGUUUAAUGAUGAAGGUUCAGCAGCUCGUUAAAAAUGACCCUCCGUUGUCGAACCUCGGAAAGAGAAGACUCCAGCGAAACCGGUGGAGAAAAGAAACGAGGCCCACAGCGAAAAGACGAGGACCUUCUUGAUUUUGACAGCAGUGAGCAGGACGCCGAAGAAGAACAGCCCACAGCAGGCAGCCAGCCCUCCAACACAAACUGAACCUCAGGACGUCCCCAAGAAAGCCAAGAAGAUGGAUAAACCCGUUCCGGACGAAGCCUUUUGAGAGUUUGAGGAUCCCGCUGGAAGUGGAGGCGGGCGGCAAGAGUUUAAGAUGAAGGUUCAGGAGCUCGUUAAAAAUGACCCCUCCUGUUGUUGAACCCCGAAAAGAGAAGACUUCAGCGAAACGGUGGUCGAUACGAAACGAGUCGCACAGCAAAAAGAUGAGGAUGUUCUUGAUUUUGAAAGCAGUGAGCAAGAGCCUAAAGAAGAAAAGCUCACAAAAGCAACCAACCGUCCAACAGAAAUUGAACCUGCUGAUGUUCCCAAGAAAGCCAAGAUGACAGCUAAACCCAUUCCGGAGAAGCCCUUUGAGAGUUUGAGGAUCCCUCUGGAAGUGGAGGCGCGACGGGAGUUUAAGAUGAAGUUCAGGAGCUCGGUUAAAAAUGACCCUCCUGUUGUUGAACCCGAAAAGAGAAGACGUCAGCGAAACCAGUGGUAGAAAAGAAGAGAGUCCCACAGCGAAAAGACGAGAUCUUCUGAUUUUGACCAGCAGUGAGCAGGAGCCCCAAGAACAGCCCACAGCAGCAGCCAGCCCUCCAAUGCAAACCGAACCUCAGGACAUCCCAAAAAAAUCCAAGGACAACAGAUAAACCCAUUCCAGAGAAGCCUUUUGAGAGUUUGAGGAUUCCGCUGGAAGUGGAGGCGCGACGGGAGUUUAAGAUGAAGUUUCAGGAGCUCGUUAAAAAUGACCCAGCCAGUUGUGGAACCUCGGAAAGAGAAGACUCCAGCGAAACCGGUGGUAGAAAAGAAAAGAGUCCCCACAGCGAAAAGACGAGGACCUUCUUGAUUUUGACAGCAGUGAGCAGGAGCCCGAAGAAGAACAGCCAACAGCAGCCAGCCAGCCCUCCAACACAAACUGAACCUCAGGACGUCCCCAAGAAAGCCAAGAUGACAGAUAAACCCGUUCCGGAGAAGCCUUUUGAGAGUUUGAGAAUCCCGCUGGAGUUGAAGCGCGACGGGGAGUUUAAGAUGAAGGUUCAGGAGCUCGUGUAAAAUGACCCGCCCGUUGUCGAACCUCGAAAAGAGAAGACUUCAGCGAAACCGGUGGUCGAUAAGAAACGAAGUCGCACAGCAAAAAGAUGAGGAUGUUCUUGAUUUCGAAAGCAGUGAGCAAGAGCCUGAAGAAGAAAAGCUCACAGAAGCAGCCAACCGUCCAACAGAAAUUGAACCUGCUGAUGUUCCCAAGAAAGCAAGAUGACAGAUAAACCCGUUCCGGAGAAGCCUUUUGAGAGUUUGAGGAUCCCGCUGGAAGUGGAGGCGCGGCAAGAGUUUUAAGAUGAAGGUUCAGCAGCUCGUUAAAAAUGACCCACCAUUGUUGAAACCUCGAAAAGAGAAGAUUCCAGCGAAACUGGUGGUAGAAAAGAAAAGAGUCCCACAGCGAAAAGACGAGGAUGUUCUUGAUUUUGACAGCAGUGGGCAGGAGCCCGAAGAAGAACAGCCCACAGCAGCAGCCAGCCCUCCAACACAAGUUAAAGAUUUCUGAAAGACAGUGAUAAUACCCACAAUAUAAAACAUCCUGACAGACCGCAGGACUUGAAUAAGAGAGAUCCAUUUGCAGAAGCUGUAACAAGAGGUUGAUUGGAGCAGUCGCAUUCUCCCAGGUCGAGGCAUCUGAUCUAUUUUUGAAAAUGAAAGACUUACCGAGGGUCGAGGUUACCAGACAAGUCCAAACAAGAUCCAGAGGACGAUUCAGAAAAGCAUAACAUCCAGUUAUUUAAGGGCAGGCCACAUGAGUUGGCACGCAUUAAAUUCUGAUGAUGACUCAUUCGAGAAACCCUCCAAAUCCAGUCCAAAGAUGUCAGUGAUGCACCGCCUCAGCCUCCACGCAGACCUGUGGAGAAGAGAAAGGAGGAAGGCAGCCAUACCACCCAAAAGUGCAGAUGAGGAGACGCUUCCUCAACGUGCCCAGGAGCAGGUGAUGAAGCACGGUCACAAGGCAGCCGACCCUCGUGCGUUGAGCGAAGAGGACAAAGAACCGCCCUCCCCAGUCCCAGAAAAGCGUGCGACCGAAGGAACCGGCUUCUGCGGACGUUACGGUAGCUCAGAAUCGGCCACAAGGUCAUCACAAGAGCCCGCCAGAAACCACUGAGCAGGAGGCCACCGUGGUCGGACGAUCCCGAGGUUGGACAAAUGAGCCGUAAGGAAGAAGCGGGUUCCGCCAAUGCCGAGCUUUCCCGGUCGACUCCAGCGAUCUACGCAGAAAUAAAUCCCGUGGAAAUAGCGGCUUCAAAGACACGACCCGACAAGGGAACCCACGAGCAAGCAAAGUAAAGAGAAUAUUUAUGAAGAUCCACAUGGGGAGGAUGAUGAUGAAGUGCCCUCUUUGCCUCCAAGACAAGGCAAAUUAGCAGGAAGAACCCAAGUCUGGAUGUUAAAGAAGUGGCGAGAAGCUCUGUGUCACCGCAAGUCGAGAGAUGGCUGGAGGAUGCCACGCAGCAGCUACGCUCCCGACGGCCGUGAGGCCCGCGAGGGUGGGAGAGCUCACGGACGCGGAGAGGAAAAAGCAGAUGAGCAAAUCUGUGCCGGUUCUCACCAUGUCCGGGGAGGAAGGCGAACAAGGAAUAGAUAUCGAUUCGGAAGACAGUGGCUCCUUCAAGCUGAGAAGAGCUCCGAGUGAUAUCAGCUCCAUCAGCGGAAGCAUGAUGAGCCUGUACAGCGACGCCGGGGACUACGGGAACGUGGACGUGAAGGGGGAGGUGAACUUCGCCCUCAAGUACGAUGACCGCCGCAGCGAGCUGCAUGUCUGCGUGGCACAGUGCCGGGACCUGGCGGUCGCCGUCGCCAAGAAGGGGCGCUCGGACCCGUAUGUGAAGACCUACCUCCUGCCGGACAAGUCCAGGCAGAGCAAGAAAAAGACGACCGUGCGCAAAAACAACCUCAACCCCGUUUACAACGAGAUCCUCAAGUACAAGAUUCCGGCGCGCGAGUUGCAGUCUCGCGUACUCAACCUCUCCGUGUGGCACAAUGACAAGUUCGGAAAGAACAGCUUCCUGGGCGAGGUGGAGAUGGAGCUGUCCACCUGGGACUGGGGAAACACCGCCUACAACUGGUUUGACCUGCAGCCCAGGGUGCACAUUUCUCAAGAAGAUCUAACGAGCAGGGGCUAUCUGAACCUGGCCCUGAAAUUCAUUCCCGCCAACUCUGUGGGGCAAUUCACGCCGGCGAGCGGGGAGAUUCAUAUUUGGGUCAAAGAGGCCAAGAACCUGCUGCCCCUGAAGCCGCACGGGGUGGAUGCAUUUGUCAAGUGCUACAUCCUGCCAGACCUGAGCCGCAAGAGCCGCCAGAAGACGCGCACCGUAAAGAAGUCCAUGAACCCCGUGUUCAACCACACGAUGGUGUACGACGGCUUCCAGGACGAGGACAUGCGCGAGGCAUGCGUGGAGCUCACCGUGUGGGACCAGGAGAUGUUCUCCAACCAGUUCCUGGGCGGCCUGAGGCUCGGCCUCGGCGGGGGGAUGAGCUACGGAAAGCCGGUCGACUGGAUGGACUCACGGGAAGGAGAGGUGGCGGUGUGGCACAACAUGAUAACACGUCCCGGCGAGUGGACAGAAGCCCUUCUCCCGCUGCGACCAGACAUGGUCAAGUCUAAGGCCAAGAAAUGAGGGGGGGGGGGGUUGUACCCUAUGCACUCAUCUCCCUGUGGAGAGGGUCAAACUGGACUCAAGUUUCUGGCACAGUGCACUGGAAACCUAACAAUUACACCGGCUCGUAACGAAAUUACGCAAAACAUCAAUGGAUUUGUGGGGGUGCGGUGCAUUGCCACCAUUGUUUAUUUUUUCAGCCAGUAAAUUGCAUCGUUCUACAGUUUUUUUUAAAUGUGCAGGACUGUUUUUUUUUAUUUUGUCGAUUUAACCAAUUAUUUUAAGUUUGUUCAGAUAUCCUAGAAAAAUGUAAACUACGCCCCUACGCUAAUGGGGAAAAAAAAAACAAAGAAAUAAUAAAGUAAAAAAUAUUCCAGGCUUAAAGCGGCAAUCUAAGCGAGCCUUUCUGUUAAAAAUUAAUGGGAAUGAGCACAGCGUGUGGGCACAUUCGUGCAAGCAGUUGCAGUCUGUGAAAUGGUGCCAUUAACUGGGUAAUGUGCAGUAAUUGGAAUUUCCUUUUCUCCCCAUCAUCUUCAUAUCAAAGACUAACAGUGCCAAUGUUCACUGAACUGGGUUUAUAGUACCAUGCCACUAUUGUGUUAGCUAACCAUGGUGCGUGCACAUACACACACGCUCGUAAUAAGUGGGUUUGUUCAUAUGGAAAUGUAAGGCUUGCUUUUAAAAUGUUUAAAUGCCCAUAAAUGCAUUUCAAGGCUUUUUGCUUUAUUUUAUGUGUGUUACAGGUGGUCAGUGUGUUUGUCCACCCAUGAGCUUGCUUGACAGGUAGGGCCUGCUGUAUAGGAAGUGCUCAUCCGUUUAUUGAUGUUUGACGCAGCAAAGGGAUCAAUGCUAGGAGCAGAAAUCGUUUUGCAUUGUAAAAAAAAAGUUGCUUAGAAUAUUGCUGGGUUCUGGUCAUCGUCUAUGAUGCAACACCAAAUUUACAAUAAGAGCAGCUGCUCAAAUUUUUUUGGUUCAAGGAGUUUAAUGUAGAGUAAUUAAAAAUGAGGUUUAAUAGAGUAGGGGGAAUGGUGGAUAAUUAAUUUUAAUUGUAGGCUUAAUAAUACAUGUGUUUAUAGGUCUGUUACACGAGUUUUAAGUGGUUUGCUCUUUUGGGAUAGGUUAAACACGGUGCUUUCUUUGCAGUCUGGAAAAUAUGGAAAUGAAUGACAGACAUUAGCGACUGGACGUCGGUUGUUAUGAAGCAGGUUUGGCUCAAAAUGUGAUGGUACGUGUAUGUGCCGAGGGUCGGAGAAGGCAGAUGGUCAGAAGUGGCUUGCGUGGCCAGGGGUGAUCAGGCGACGAGCUUAACAACAUAAAGGCCUGUGGACUAUGGCGAUCGUAUGCAGCAGCCAGUGCCACUUGAGUGGGGUGCGAGAGAUUACAGUUCUGCAGGGUUGGGCUUCAUGCCGGUCCCUGCGAGGAGAGGGCAGAGGUGGGGGAGGGUGGGGGGGGGUAUGCGUGGAAGCGAAGGUCAAUUGAAUGGUCAAUUGUAUGUCGAUGGUUACUUGAUGGGAAAAAUCGCUGCAGGUUUUGAAAGAUGAGGUCAUUAUCAAGGCUGAAACUGAGAAUGGAAAUAAUAAAAAAUAAUGAUUUACGUGAGAAAAACACGAUCCAAAUUAUACAUGUGAAGACACAACUGGCAGAGGUUUAGGGGAAUAAAACUUAACAGUGAGCAAGAAAUAGAGAAUGCCAUUUCUCCUUUGACAAAACUGAUGAGGAAAUUGGAAAACUGUCUGCGAUGAAAUGGGAUUCUGUUUUAUAAACAUUGCCCCCUUUAUUUGUUGUUCACAAUAGUGCCGUACGUUUAUCGCGACAAUAUUCUAUACGCCUGCCGUUGAAAUCCGUUCGGUUAAGCACCGCACUUCUGUCUUUCUCAUUUGCCUUUUUUUCUGAGAUACUUUGUAUGUAUAUGGUAUUGGGGCAUGAUUUCAGUUUUAAGAAAUAAUGUAUGCUCACAGAUAUCAAAUGUAAAUUGGUUGAAAUGCAAUGAUUUGAAAAAAAAAAUCUAAAUAAAGGACUGUGGUUGUGGUGUAA